GACAUUGUUGUUAAAUAACAACAGGAUUUUCCCACUUCUUUUCAUUUUUCUUUUUGAUGUUGACCAUUAAUGUUUGUAUCAUUACUUGGAAAAUGAAAGUUUGCAACUGGAUGUGAAUUGAAUUGCAUUUUAUAUACAUGAAUUAAUAUGCCUGCAUUGGUACUUUUUGGAAGAAAAUGGCUAAUAGCAUGUGAUGACUUAGUUAUACCAUUUGCAGUCGAUGUUUUUGUCAAAAUUGCUUGGUUGACUGGAACACUUGUCUUAAUAUUUCAAAGCACUGGUUGCUAUGCAUCAUUUCCUGAAAAGAUUUUCCUGUGUUUGGCAGGGGGAAAUUUUUUGUUUUCAUCUUGUCUUUCAAUUAUUAUUUCUUUAAUCAGCUCUAAAGGAUCUGUUUUGCAGGUACAGAAACGGAAAUCUCUGAUUGGAUUUUUGUAUCUAAAGUUUCUCUUUCUCAUUGUUGAUUGUGGCCUUGCUUCAUUUGGGACAUGGAUACUUUUUGAAGUGGAGAAUAUCUGUACAUCGGCAUUAACUUUUAUUAAGGUUUCUACAAUACUAUUAUGGCUGUACAUUUUUCUGUAUAUAUUAAACAUAUUUAUUUGCUACAAUUCUCUUGGUUCUUCAAAGUUUUGGGACAACAAUUCAAGUUCUACUUCCCAGAAAUUUUUUCGUAGAGCUGAGCGUGUAUGGCGUUCACGGCUGAAAUUCUUUUGCUGCUGUGCAGAUAUUGGAGAAGAGAAUGAGUUGGUUUAUGUAGAAAUUUCAUCAUUUUUAGCCUCAUUUUUGAAUGAAGUGGAUCUUGUACCCACUGAUACAUUAGCUGGUAUUAUUUCACUAAGUGCCAAACAUUCUGUGGAGAAGAGAAGAAAAAACAUAGCAUUUAAUUUAGAGGUUAAUCCUGUGAUAUUAAAAGGUAUUUCUCCUCCAUCAUGGAUGACAAUGACAAAUGCUUUAUACUUUUUGAGGAUAGCAAAAAGUACCUAUGGUUGGCUUGCCUUUUUAAAGAUUAUUCAUCCAUGUUCUUUGUGUAGAUUAAUAUCUCCAAGGUGUUGUUUGAGGAGUUUCAGUUCACAAAAUGAUUCCAGAUUAGACAACUGUUGCUACUGUAAUUUUUCUGCUGUGCAAAAAAUUACAGGAUUCUCAGAGUCUGACAUUUUAUACUCAUCCUUCCAAAACUGUAUUUAUGAACCUGCAUUUUACAUUGUUAUUGAUCAUGCAAAAAAAUCGAUCGUCAUUGCAAUACGUGGAACGAUGUCAUUUUCCGAUUUGGUGACGGAUAUCGACGCAGAAGUUCAGCCUUUUCCAUCACAUACGAGUGAUUCAAAGUUCAAAUGCCACAGGGGGUUCCUCAGAAGUGCUUUAUGCUUGCAGAAGAAAAUAAAUGACCUCGGUGUAUUGGAAACUGCAACCAUGGAAAAUCCAACAUAUGUUCUGGUCUUAACUGGACAUAGUUUGGGAGGAAGUAUUGCUUCGCUUCUUGGUCUUUUGUUAAAACCAAGAUAUCCUGAUCUGCAGUGCUAUAUAUAUGCUCCAAUGGCAGCUAUUUCAUCAGAGGGGAUUCCAGAAACUUUGAAUUUUGUUCUUUCUGUUGUUGUUGGGGAUGAUGCAGUUCCCUGUCUUAACACGGAGUCUUGCAAAGUCCUAAGAACUGAGCUGAUUAAAGCAUUAGAAGAUACUGAUGUUCCGAAGUACAAAAUUUUAGCAAGAGCUUGCUGGUAUCAUAUAAAAAAGCGCUUUAAGAAACCCCAAAAGCGUGUUUUAACUGAAGUCUAUGAAAAUAGAUCAUUAGGAGAUGAAGAAAUGAACUCUACUGUUCAGAAUAAUGAAGGGAUAUCAGUAUUAAUGGAUUCCAAACUCUAUGCUCCUGGAAGAGUGAUAUAUUUCGAUAAAAUGAAAGGCAAUGAAUUCCAUUGGGUGACAGGACUGAAUUUUCAGAGGAUAUGUAUCAGUAAAACUAUGCUAGCAGAUCAUCAACCUCAUAAAAUACAGUUUAUGCUGGAACAAGCUGUAAAAAAUCAAAACUGCCAAACUGUAUAGACAUUUAUUGCAUUAAAAUGUUAACAUAAGAGAGCUGUUAGAAAAUUAUCUGACCUUAUUUUUUUGGGUGAAAGCCUGACUGAUAUGGAAUAAGUGCGCUUGCAUGAGUCAACUUAGCACCUUUCUGCGCAUGCAUGAAAAUUUUCCCUCUGUUAAUCAAGCCAUACUUGGAAAACACAGUUUGACUGACGUAGUGUGGUGCUAUCAUCAUGUUUUUCAAUUUUAAGUUAAAUGACACUAGCUUUUAAAUCGCCUCUGGAGUUUGGGGAGCAGUCAGAUGUCGCACAGGAGUGUCAGGAGAGUACGGAGCCUAUUGAACUACAAGAGUCUGGUUUUCCUCCAAACAAAUGGCUUCCCCUUGGCUGUUGCCCAGUUUCUGGCAAAAUGUGAUGCAGUAGUCUUGCUCCAAUUAUUCUGUCAUUUUUCUAGAAAUAAAAAGAAAAAGACGAGGGUGCUACACUUUGUGUCAGUCAAACUCUGUUUGCCAGCGACUGACACUAUUGAUAGGAAAAAAACUUCAUGCAUGCGCUGAUAGCGGUUUCAAGGUCAUUUUGAUUCAUUCAUCUAGUUUUUGCAAAAAACAAGUUCCUUACUUUUCUAACAGCCCUUGUA